GCUCAUAUGACGUUUGAUCGUCAGAAUGGAUGGAGAAGAGCCCAACUCUACUAUCUCCAACUCCACAAGCACCAAGGUUUGGGAAUCUGCCGUUCCUCCUGCCAUACAGUUUGCGUUAGGUGUGAUUGGGAAUCUAAUAGCGCUAGUCGUUUUAGUAACAUCGGCAAAGUCACACAAAUGGAGACCGUUUUAUAGACUAGUUGGGGGUCUAGCUUUGACAGAUGGUGGAGGAAUACUGUUAGUGUAUCCCACGGUUAUGGUUAGAUAUGCGUCAGACUUUACUUAUGACUUUCCAAAACAUCUUUGCAACUACAGUUCUUUUAUUUACACAUUUACAUUGAUAUCUUCUGCAAUGAUCGUUUGUGCAAUGUCCGUUGAUCGUUUUAUGGCAAUUUUGUAUCCCUUUAUUUACAACACAGAAGGGAAAGAACGACGGACAAACAUAAUGUUGAUUUCUAUUUGGAUCACCGGCACAUUCAUUUCUUGUCUUCAACUGAUGGGACUAGGUUCCAGUUUCAAUUAUUAUCCUGGUUCAUGGUGUUUCCUUAACUUUGUCGGAACCUCCACAUUGGACCGAGCAAACUCUUACAUUUACUCCCUGUUUGGAUUAGCUAUCCUACUGUUGACCAUCGCUUUAAACUUUAUUGUUAUCGUGUCUGUUUGCCGAGGAAUGAAUUCAAACAUUAAAAUGUCCGCAAAAAGACGAAGGAAAAAUGAUGUUUUCAUUGUAAUUUUCCUGAUGAUUAUUGUGACAGUCUUUGGUGUUUGUUGGACACCUCUAAUGUUCACCAUUCUGGGACAUGCUGGUAGAUGGAUCAAUGGUAAUGGCGCCAGAGAACUAUUGGUGCUAAGAUUCGCUGUGAACAACUCUAUCAUAGAUCCCUGGAUCUAUAUACUGCUCAGAAAGGAAACAUUGCGGGCUCUUCAGAGAUACUGCAGAGGUUAUUGUGACAAACUGGAUCUCGCAACAGAAACCAGCGGUCCUGAAUCUAACCCUGCUCAGAGUUACAGCCAAAGUAAGAGUCUGGAGAAAACCUGCUCGACAGAUGACCACAUCACAAUUAAUGCUAUAGAAAAGAUCAGGAUGUAACUAAAAACAUCAUUAUAACUUCUUUAGAAAAGAUCAAAAUGUAACCAAAAAGUGUAGAAGAAAUUCUCGAAAUAUGACCACAUCACAAGAAAUGCUAAAGAAAAGAACAAAAAAAAUAACUAAAAACUGGAGGGGAAGCUUCAUUGUGUACAUAAAAAACAAAGAAAUUUGAAAAGUGAAUGCAGAUAUAUAUAGAUAUAAUGAUUUUGCUGUUAAUUUUUUAAAGUUUAUUUUGUUUUGUAUCAUUAUUUGUUUUUUGUUUUUAUAUUUGUUUAAAAUAAAGUGUCUAUUGUGGACACCGUUGAAA